AUGAAAAUACUUUUAUUAAAUGAUUUUAAAAUUAGAAAAAAAUUUAUUAUCGUCUAUCUUAUAUUUAUUGCAAUGAUUUUUGUCAUUAAGAGCCUAGGAUUUUUUACAAAAGAAUUUAGCUUCUUCGCUGAAAAACCCUUUGCCCUACUUUUUCUAGUAGCUAUCCUUAUACACUAUGUCUUAUACCUAAUAUCUAGUGAAGGUAUGAUAAUUGACAAGAGCAAGCCCUACUUUCUGACUCUUGGUGCAUCAAGAUCUGACAUAAUAAAUGUAAAGUUCCUGAAGGUAGUAAGUAUAUUUAUAAUAGAUGGACUUUUAAUGACCUACAUCUUGCAAAAUGUUGAAUUAAACGGUUAUGAAUUUAAGGUUGGACUUUUCAUUACAAUUUAUGUGAUGGCAUAUUAUCUUAUAAGUAUCCCCAUCUAUCUUUACUUUGGACAAACUAGUGGUGUGGGAACAAUCUUUACAUCAUUGCCAGCUUUUCUUCCCCUCUUAGAUAAGCUUGGAAGGAAUCCCGCUGGAUUUUUCGUUGACAUAAUAAAAAGAACAAGUUCUCUUAAAUUGACUUUAUUCUUACUUGCCUUUGUAAUAACAAUUUAUAUAAUCUCUCGUCUACUAGGAGAGAGAAAAGAUUAUUAG